AUGAAGUUCAUUCCAUGCAUCGCACUCCUGGUGUUCAUACAGGUCACUGAAGGAUGGUGGUCGUCUCGACGUAGGCGCAAUCCCCCACCGCCGGGGCCACCGCCACCACCACCAAGUGACUGUGAAGUAGACGACUGGUCAUCGUGGAGCGAGUGUACCCACCAAUGUGGUAUUUGGGGCUCCCAGACACGAACUAGGGAGAAGAGUGAAGACGAGCGUUAUGGGGGAAAAUGUCCAUUUGAAUUAGAAGAAACCAGUUCAUGUAACAGACACGGGUGUAGUAAUGGAGGAAGACUGAGCUAUGGAAGAUGUAUCUGUUCGUCGGGGUGGACAGGGACGUGCUGUGACAGAGGUAGAUAAAAUAAUGUUUCAAACUGUUCUUAGAUUCAUAAGGCCCGUUUACACUUGCAAUUUUUGCUGCGAUUUCUAGUGCGAUUUUCUCCUUCUGAUGCAUGUGAACGAGUAGAUGAAUUAUGAAUAUUCGGAGUACAUGUACCCUCAUCUGAACAUUUAUAACUUAUCCACACAUUCACAUCCAUCAGAAGAAGAAAAUCGCAGCAAAAAUUGCAAGUGUAAACUGGCCUAUAGAGGUUCACCAACACACCAUUAGUAUUAUUAUCACCACAGGUUCACAACCACCAUUUUCACCGUCACCAUGACACCAUGAUCACCAAAUCUCCAUAAUUAUCAUAAAUCAUCACCAUCAUUAUCAUUAUCACCACCAUCAUUUACCAUCAUCUAGGAGUUUCCACAAGUUGCUCGGCACCAUUUUGGCAACUUUUCAUUUUAUGAAUAACUUUUGUUUUAAACGACAAUUUUUGUUACUUCGAGCAACUUUCAUGAAUUUGAGUCAUGAAUUUGAGUCAAAUUCAUGAAAAGUUGCUCGAAGUUACAAAAGUUGCCGUUUAAAACAAAAGUUAUUCAUAAAAUGAAAAGGUGCCGAGCAACUUGUGGAAACCCCUACCAUCAUCACCGCAAACACCAUCAUCAUUGCGCGUAUGACCACACAAACAGCAGUAAAAUAAUGAACAAUAACAUCUAACCACUGUCACAUUUCCUCACCAUUAUUUAAUUAUUAUACUUUUGUCGAGUAUUCCACCUUGCAUGUGUAUUACAUGAACUAUAAUCCGUUCAGCAUAUGUCUAGCCAGUCUAGGACUGGUAGUGAUGAUGAUUGUGAUGAUGUGUAGUGUGUUGUAAUAUUGGUGGAGACAUGGUAGUUAUAUUGUGUUUAUGGUAGCGGUAAUAUUGACGGUGGAAAUAUCUCGUACGUACGUACGUACGUACGUGCGUAUUGUAUUCUGAUUUGCAUUUUCGCCAAAUUUACAAUUAGAACAAUAUUCAAAAUUACCGGCAAAUGGUAUAGUUACGAAUAAACAGUUGAAGAAGCUUGGAACUAAAAGUUUACAAAAAACGUCUAAAAUUAUGUAUGAAUUGAGUUUUCCUAUCAAACUUAACUAUUGGAAUAUUUUAACCAUUUGUAUUUUGACUGAAAGCAGUGAGCUUUCCGCCAUCUUGGAUUAAUUCUUAACUUUAAUGACGUCAAAUGUGGGAAUAGCCAGGUUAGCCUUAUAAAAUUGUUUCCAAUUGACAGAGUAAAGAUCAAAUGUUGUUUAAGAUAUAUCUGUUCAAUUCGAGAUUUUCAAAAUUUUUGUUCAUAUUGAAUUUGUCAAGAUAAAGAGUUUGGGUGACCUCACUUGUGACGUAACAUGCAGCUCACUGUUUUUAGACAGAAUCUUUCAAGAGUUAACAAGAUAUGAAAAAGCUGUAAAAAGUCUUAUUAAUUAUUUUAAAAGUUCUUUCAAAUGAGAAACUAAAUUUUUCUUCCCAACGCCCUUUAGCCAAAAUAUUGCUAUCGUUAGUUAGAAGAUACAAUAAAUAUAUAACGAGGAAGGCACCACCACAAAUACCAUGGCCACAACCAUCUAAUAUUGACCCCAUUAACAUUUCAGAUGUGAACGAAUGCCUGCGAAGCCCGUGUCAGCACUAUUGUUACAAUGUUCCAGGCAGUUAUACAUGUAGUUGCGUUCCAUGCUACACAAAGUAUGGUACUAGGUGUCAACUGCGACAGUGCCGUAUUAGUGGUACAUGUUAUAGCUACGGUAGAGUGAACCCCUGGAAUCAGUGCCAGGUAAUAUACCGUAUAGACUAUUUCAACCUUUAAUACUGAGCGCGGUUAGUAACCAAACUGAAGCAGCUUUAUUUAAUUCGUAGAAUUAUCAGUUUUAAAAUCUCUUCCCCCUAUGGAUCCAGUCAUGGCCAUCCUUGUAAUGUCCAGGGUUAUUACAGGAGGAAACCUGAAGCUAACUUAAAUAUAAGCAUUUAGGUUGCCUCAGAUUUUCAAGAGUCGUCAACUAUACAAUCCAACUAUACAGUCCUACAGAAAAGCGGAGUACAGAUCCAUUUCCACGCAAGAAAAUUUUGUAAAAUGUGAUUGGCCGACACAAAUUUUCCGUCGGAAAAAAAUUUUGAAGUUGAAAAUUUUCAACUUUUAAUAAUGAUAUUUUCAGAACAUUUCCUGUCCACGGAAAUUUUUCUUGAGUGGAAAUGAGCCUAACCGGUAGAUGAAACUCGAGGGUUUGGAAAACUUGAAGAACGUUUUUCCGACAUGCAACUCAUGAGAUGAUAGUGCACCAUAUUAAUGUCAGGCGCGCACAAGGCGCGUGGCAAAAUGCACAUCUUGGGGAGAUAAGGCUAUGUGGCGAUGCACGCGUGCGAUUGCACUUCAAAGAGCAGGCGUGAGUCCGAUUGAGAUAAAAAUAUAUCACAUACGUGACAUAAAUAUACAUAUUGCAAGACUCGCACCCUGGUAAAAUAGCACAUGCAUUAAUCACUGUAUCACCAACACUAUAGAUUCGACUGUAUUACUGUAUACAUCAAUUUUCUACGUGUAGGAUUGUCAAAGUUGGCAAAAGACGGCAUGGACCAACAAUAAUGCGCUCUCUUGCAGUGAUGGUAAAUUAUGUACGAGGAAUGAUCGAUGCGUGAACGGCGCAUGCAUAGGUACCCCGUUCACGUGCAGAUCAUGUGAAAGAUGUGAUGGUAGUGGAUGUCAGAUCAAGCCCGGUUUCUGUGUGAUCGAUGGAAAAUGUUACACAGAUGGGAAUAUACGACCAGGAAAACCAUGCCAGGUGAGCGGGUCACAUUCAAAGCAUUGGUCAGUAUAGGUAUGUACAGGUUGGUAGGUAUAGGUAGGCAGGCAGGAGAGAAAGAACCGCAUAUGUGUAACUUUAUUAGUGCUUAUCCGCUAUAAACGUAUCAACAUUGAAACCAUUUUGAAACUUAUCGAUGCAAUUAGCCAUUCCGAAGUUAAUAAGUGGAGUGGGGACGAGUAUUAAAAAGUGCCCAAAUUAAGAAAUGAACCACAUCACUAAAAAGACCACCUCAAAAUUAGUAAAUAUACAAAGUUUGAAGACAUUUACAUGAAUACCCUUCGAAUAAUAAGCUUUCGAAAUGUACUGCAGUAAUGAAAUGUACUGCAGUAAUUUAUCGCUUCCUUUCUUUACACUAUGUCUGCAAGAUAUCUUGUAACGAUUAGCUCUGUUUUCUGUGCGCGAACAUUGCGCAAUUGACCAAGUCAGACAGCAACUGGAAUAAUUAUGGCAAUGUGCGUCUUGCGCAACGUACAAGCCGAUUUAUUAAUUUUUUAAAAACAGUGAGAUAAUUAUUAACAUAACAAAUUAUAUAUAAACGAAGUUAAUUAUCAAAAGUUUGCACAGAAAAGGUGGGGUAAUAGAUAUACGCCACGAGUCUCCUUGGGCAAAGGAGGCAUACUCCAUCCAAUCGUUUAAAACAAGGUAUCAGCAAAUGCAGUGAAGUUUAAAACCUAUAAAAACAACUCCCGAGCAAAUCAGUGCGUGGAUUAUUAUUAGCGACCUGACAGUUCGUGCCCAUGCGUUAAACUGUCAGGGGACCGCCAACCUGCUAAAGUGGACAUUUAUGUAAGCCUUGCCCAUGCACUAGCUCACAGAGAACGUAAAACUGUGAUUAUAAGUGACACGUACAUUUCUAGUAUCUUAAUUAACACGCACAUUAAUCCUAUAUAAUAUCACGUCUUGCCCUUACGUCGACCUGACAAAUUGUACUAAAAGUCCGAAAUGUUUUAUCAACGGGCAGCCAAAAUCAAUCCCUAUAAAAAGCCCGACCUGUAUAGUCGAAGUGUCUGAUUUAAGUCACAAGCUAGGAGCACGAAUAUACCUACGGAAAGCGUCGGAUUUCCAACGACCCAUUAGUUUCACCUGUCGAAAUGGCUGAAACGUUUAAUAGCCAUUUCUCAAAUGUUGGGGUUGAUCUUGCAGCUAAAAUACCCGCUUCUGAGUAUAACCCAUAGGUCUAUCUCACACUUACAGAUAAAACGUUCAACCUGCAAACUCCUACGAUUGAUAGAGUCCACAGAUUGUUGAAAACGACUGAUGAAAAAAAAUCUGUUGGUCUUGAUAAAAUACCAAAUAAAUUGUUAAAAAUGGCGGCAGAUGUGAUUGCGCCUUCUUUAACAGAGAUAUUUACUAAAUCUAUUCAUACUGGAAUAUUUCCAGAUGAAUGGAAGGAAGCAAUGGUGUCGCCAGUGUAUAAGAACGGUGCAAAGCAUGAUCCGAGCAAUUAUAGGCCUAUAUCUGUGAUUCCAACGGUUUCAAAGAUUUUUUAG